CUAAGUUCCAUGUAUCUAGGGCUAGUUUAUCGUACAUUACUGAUCGGUCGUCGUCCCAACAAGUCAACAACGUUAAACAAAUCCAAUCCAAUAUAAAUAUAAAUUAUGGGAUAUAUAUCUAGCUAAUUAAUCAGAUAGAUUGAGAAGAGGAGUUAAAUUAACAAAAGAAUGCCAACAUUAACGAAAUUGUACACGAUGAAAGAAGCUUCAGAACAUAACUCACCCGGUGAUUGUUGGAUUGUUGUCGAUGGCAAGGUGUAUGAUGUGUCAUCGUAUCUGGACGAACAUCCCGGUGGAGAUGAUGUACUCCUUCAGGCUACUGGGAAAGACGCCACAGAUGAAUUUGAAGAUGCAGGGCAUAGCAAAACUGCCAGGGAACUCAUGGAGACUUUCUGUGUCGGGGAGUUGGACACAUCAAACAUUCCUCAACUUGAAGUUGUUGCAGAGAAACAAAAAAGUUACAUCCCUGACAAGCUCGUUGACCUUGGUAAGCAAUACUGGGUGGUUCCUGCAGCAGCUGUAGGCAUAGCGGUGGUUGUCACAUUCGUGUACUUGCGCAAGAAGUAGGAUUUUUUGCAUUCAGCCGAUUUUGAACCAUAAUACAGGCUUAGCAUUUGUCAUUGGAAAAUUUGUGAUUUGAGUAAAGAUAUAUGAAAUCUGCUGGGAUAUGAAUUUGCAGCACUUCUUGUGUCAUCAUGGCCAUUUGACAAUAUUAUUUUCGGUUUUGCCAAAGAAAAAUAAACAUGCCAUUGUCUCAA